UCUCAGAUUCGGUGAUGCACUACAACCCGUACGCCUUCUCCAAGUGGUACUUCUUGGCCCCAACCAUCAAGUCCAGAGCCAAAGGAGCGAGCUUCAAAAGGGCUAAGAAGCCUACCACUAGUGACUACAACAAAUUAAACCGACUGUACAGAUGCCGACGAGCCGGUCGGUUUCAUUACUCCCAUCUCGACGACCCCGGACCUUCUCCCCGAUGGUUUCAAGAAAAUGGCUUCAACGUCUCGGCCAUCGUUCCGCCCCCUCCGCCUCGCAACGCCUUCCGCAGAAGGAUCCGCGCUGGCUCCGAAAAGCUCCCGGCGAGGGCCGCCCGAAGGUCCACGACAGCACGAUUCCAGGGUCCAGCGCCUGAUGCGCGGAUCCAGGGCCUCACUUCUCAUCCGUGGUUCAAGAAUCGCAGUCCUACUCCAGGCACCCCGGUUCAGACACCCGGCAAAGGAUUCGGUGCUCCUGCGUCAGCUCCAGUGUUCCAGGAUCCAGGUUCCGAGUUCAAUCGGAUUGCCACUCGCAACACGAGAAAUAGUACAUUACUCCAAGCUGUUACCUGGACGCCAGGGUCUGCUGAAAACCCGCACUUCUUAAUUAUAGAGACUAAUGAUCUCGCAAACGAAAAAAACAAUACUGCACCUCUGGGGGUAACUGUAGCGCCAUCUAUUCAGGUGAAGCCCCCUGUGCCCGCACUGAAGGGAGUGCCAAACCCAGCCCCUACACCUUUCGGAUUAACGAGGCAACAGCCCCAAAAGCUGAAUGCACGUACCGAGUCUCCUCCUGUGAGGCAUCGAAGCGUUUCCAAAAACCGACCCUGAUGAAUUGUUUCUUCAAAUGAAAAUGUAUUAAGAUACGUUCGUUUCUAGGAUAGUUCAUCCUUAUCAGGUAUCCCUCGCCAAAACUGAUAAUUGCCACAUUGUUGUCUGUAUUAACGGGUAAAAAUUGUGACAUUUGAAUCUGUACAUUUAUACUGAUAAAAUGCACAAUGUGUCAUACCGGCGGUUUACAUUCAAGGAACUUCAGUUGACUUCGGCCUCAGAAUCGUUGCUUAGCAGUUUCCAGCAAGUGAAUCUGUUGAUAUGUAAAUGGUCAUGUAUAGUUUACUACAUUCAUAUUUCAUCCUGUAGAUAACUCAUUGCAGUCAGAUUGAUUCGCGUAGGUUUAAUUGUUGGCCAUUUAAUCAUUUUGCAAUCGACAAACCCAUAGCCCUUAAAAAUGUCCCGAUAAAUCGUCUACCUUCACUAAAUGGCCGUAAGAGGUAGGUAUUCUAUAGUUGCCAUAUAUACAGCCUUAAGUCUACUUGUGGUAGCACUGACGUCGUUUGCCCGAAGUCAGUGGCUUUCGGCUGACGUCCAGCUUACCCGAAGUCAGUGGCUUUCGGCUGACGUCCAGCUUACCCGAAGUCAGUGGCUUUCGGCUGACGUCCAGCUUACCCGAAGUCAGUGGCUUUCGGCUGACGUCCAGCUUACCCGAAGUCAGUGGCUCUCGACUCGUUUCAGGCCGUGUGCCACAAACCCAUUUUGAAGAUUCGUCUACCGUGUCAUUUUUAGUAAUUUUAAGUUACUACGAACAUUUGUUUGACAUACAUUUCAAGCAACAGAAACUGGGUUAUAUUUCCCUAGCCUUAGACCACAGUAUUGUGAAUCUUGAACACUUAAGAGACUUUUGAAUGUACUCUUGUACAGCAUGCCAUCUUAUUUCUUACACUCCUUUCAAUAAAAUUAAUGAACAAGGGAUCAUUUUCAUAAUUGUACUGUUUUAAAUAAAUAUAUGUACCAAU